CUUAAAAACGUCCAUCACGGGCCCGUGAGUCUCUUCCUCACCGAAACUGAAAUUCAGAACCCCGUGAGUCGAUUCUCUCUCUCAAUCUCUAAUGCCUAACUCCUCUCUCUUCCUUUUCCUGAUAUGAUUACUUCGCGAUACUUGAAGAUUCCGAGCAGAAGUUCAAUAAAUUUCAGUCACAGCUCUUCUAUCUCAAAUAAGACAAGGAGAAUUUCACUGUACUUUUUGUGUUUUUCUUUUGUUUGACUGAAAAUUUCUUUUAUGUUUCACAGAUCUUCAAGAUUGAUUGAAGAAAUUUGGUCACCGGAUCUUCAAUUUCAGUAUUGGGGCAACUAGAUUAAUUAAGAUGUCUUAUGGCGUUGUAAAUGGUAAUAGUCAUAACAAAGGUGCUGAUGCCACCAUCAGCUUUCAUGAGUCCCACUUGGAACCUAAUGGCAAGGAAAUGGAUUCGGCACAAAGUGUUGAAGUUAGUUCCGAGGAUUUGGGACCAAACACACAGCAAUCACAGCGUGAUGAAAAUACAGCAGACAAAGGCGAUGUACCCAAGGUGGGCAUGGCAUUUGGAACUCUAGAAGAUCUAUUUGAAUUUUACUGGAAAUUUGCAGAGAAGGAAGGAUUUGGAGUGAUUAAACAGUCCUGUGGAAAAGGACUUAAUGGAGAACUUAAAUACCAAACUUUUUCUUGUGAUCGAGCAGGGAAGGCAAGUAACAAUGGUAAGAAUCGCCAAAAGCCUAGGCCAACAAAAAGAAAUGGAUGCUCAGCAAGGGUCUGUGCAUCAAUAGGUCCAAAUGGAAAAUGGAAAGUAAAUAAAGUAGUUUUACAGCAUACCCAUGAGCUUAUACCCUAUUCUUCACAACUUUUAAGACACCAUAGAGUGAUUGCUCAGCAUAGAAAGAGGAACCUUGAGAUAAAUGAUGUUGCAUGUAUUCAACCAUGUAAGAGUGCUCGUGCCACUGAAGUUGGAGCUCAUGACAAUAUGACAUCUUCGAGCAAGGAUAGCAGAAAUCAUAUAGAAAUUUCAAGAAGGAUUAAUCUGAAUGGGGAUGAUGCCAAGGUGUUGCCUUCACCAGACGCAUACAAAAAGUUGUAUGAAGAUAGAACAUGCUUGCUCAACAUGCUGCGGAAUGAGGUGCGGAAAAUGUUUGGCCGUCUGCCAACUCUACUUGACCCUUCAAUUUUCAAAAGCAUUAUUUUAAUAGCUGAUGAUCCAUUGUCUACAUUAGUGGAUUUAUUUGAAACUGAAAUUGAAGAAAAUAAUUAUUCUCCACCAAAUAGUGGCCAAACAUUCCUCAGAGACGACACAAAAACUUAGAUAUGAGAAUUGAAAUUCUAAUUAUCUGUAAACACUCGGUUGGGGGAGUAUGAAAAGGAGUAUCUUGUUCUAGGUAGUCUUGUUUUUUCCCCACUAAGGUGAUCUAUAUGGUUAACUUACUUUACCUCUGUGCCAAGUGAUGUUGUAUUUAAGAUGUUAAGGCACAAGGACAGUCUGUUAGUGUCAAGAUGUCCAUAGUUAGUUUAGUAUGAGUAUCAAUGUACCUGUUGUUUAGCCUAACUGUACAAUUAUGUACUAAUUUUCUACUCAGUCCUUUGAGUAAAAAUUUUCUAGUAGUUUAUAAUAUUAA